AUGAUCAACCGUCCACCGUCCCCGACGGGGACAGGUCCCAUGGACCUUUCGGUCUCGAUGUCUCGACCGAGUCGCCGCAGAGACUCGCUUCGAAGCAGCGUGAGCGUAGUGUCUGACGUAGAGAUGGCUCGCAAUGAGGUUUUCGACGGACCCAUCUCAGAGAGUAUUCCGUCAAGCGUCGUUUCCUUCUCUCAUCGUCGCAAGCGCGCCGACUCCAAUGUGAGCUUCACAUACUUUCAAGACGAGGAAGAUUUCGCCGAGUGGUCCAACGAAGACGCAGUCGACGUCGAGAGCGACGGGGAGGAACAGUCAGUCGACGGUCUGAAUGGCGCGGAUCUCGAGUCUCACCGGAGCUCCUUCGCCUCGAAGCGACUAUCGCGAGAUUCGGUGGAGCGUCCUUUGCUCUCGCGAUUUCUGUCCGCAAGCUCAUAUGGCCGCGAUAGACGGACAGGUGGUCGACUGAACCAAAAGGUCUAUAUUGCGUCGGAAGAUCUGACGGCUGUCUUUGCGGGAUUUUCGACCAGUGCGAUGGGAUAUGCAAUCUAUUUGAUGUUGUGCCUCGUCACAGGUGGACUAGGCUAUUUGGUGUUCCGAUGGCUUCCUCGUUGGCGCGUCAAGCUCGUUGGGAAGUCGAUGCCACUAGGCAAAUGCCAAUGGGUCGCGAUCGAGGACCAAUGGAACCAAUUCAUGGUCCAAAGAAUCGACAGGCAAGAAUACGGCCGGCCAUUGUCGACAGUCUUCGUUGAUCCGUCCGGACAUGUCUUCGACGAAGAUAGAGACCCAAACAUGGAAUACCUCCGAUUUCUCGAUUACAGACAUAUGCGUUUUUGCUAUCAUCCUACAGAAGACAAGUUUGAUCUGAUCAGCGGCUGGAAAGACCCAUCAUGGAUUAAUGCAAAGGCUAUGCGAGCAGGUCUGGAUGCUGAGGAUCGUGACAGCAGGGAGCAGGUCUUUGGUCAGAACGUCAUUGAUAUACAACAGAAAACGGUCCCUCAGCUCCUGGUCGAUGAGGCAUUCCAUCCUUUCUAUAUGUUCCAAGUGGCCAGUCUCGUCCUUUGGUCUAUGGACGAAUACUACUAUUAUGCCAUCUGCAUCUUCCUCAUCUCGGUCUUCAGUAUCGCGACGACCGUGUUGGAGACGAGAUCUACUAUGCGUCGUCUACGAGAGAUCUCACUAUUCGACUGCGAUGUGCGUGUUUUGAGGAAUGGAUUCUGGAGAUCGGUCUCUUCGCAAGAUCUUGUCCCCGGCGACGUCUUUGAAUUCUCAGAUCCUUCGUUGAACCAAGUGCCCUGCGAUUGUAUACUUCUGUCUGGUGACUGUAUUGUAAAUGAAAGCAUGCUUACAGGCGAAUCUGUACCUGUAUCGAAGAUACCUCUGACCGACGACGCUUUGACCUACCUUGAUCUUAGUGCACCCUCAAUUCACCCAGAAGUUGCCAAGCAUUUCCUCUUCAGUGGGACUAAGGUUAUUCGAGCGCGGCGUCCGCAGAAUACGGAAGACGAUGAGGCUGUCGCCUUGGCCAUCGUAAUGAGAACUGGAUUCUUGACCACCAAGGGUGCUCUUGUUCGCUCCAUGCUCUUUCCCAAGCCGUCGGGUUUCAAAUUCUACCGAGACUCGUUCCGAUACAUUGCGGUGAUGGGCAUUGUCGCUCUGCUUGGUUUCGUCGCGUCUUUUAUCAACUUUGUCCGACUUGGCCUUGCCUGGCAUCUGAUCAUCGUUCGUGCACUUGACUUGAUCACAAUCGUCGUUCCGCCUGCCCUGCCAGCGACACUCACCAUUGGUACCAACUUUGCACUAUCUCGGCUGAAGAAGCAAUCGAUCUUCUGUAUCAGCCCACAAAAGGUCAAUGUUGGUGGUAAGCUGGACGUUGUCUGUUUCGAUAAAACAGGUACUCUCACGGAAGAUGGUCUGGACGUGCUUGGUGCGCGCGCGGUCGGUGAGAACAAGAGAUUCUCCGACUUGCUCUCUGAAACAUCAGCGGGAGUGCUGCUCCCCCCACCAAACCGGGACUCUCCAUUUGAUCUCGAGAAGCAGCGCAAAAUUGUGUAUACUAUGGCCACAUGUCACUCUCUGCGAGUCGUUGAUGGCGAGCUGCUGGGUGACCCCCUGGACGUGAAGAUGUUCCAAUUCACUGGAUGGACCUACGAAGAGGGCGGUGGUCAUGCGUCGGAGCAGACGAGCCCCAAGUUCGACAAUAUCACACCAUCGGUCGCAAAGCCUCCGGUUACCCACGGUGGCAAUCUGCAAUCAAACGGGGCAAAUGCUACUGUCGAGCUUGGUGUUUUGCGAAGCUUUGAAUUUGUCUCACAAUUGCGUCGUGCGAGUGUGGUUGUGAGACAAUUUGGAGAUAACGGCGUCAAUAUAUUUGUGAAAGGUGCACCUGAGAGCAUCAGGGACAUCUGUAUACCUGAGUCUCUUCCCGCCGAUUAUGAGGAACUGCUGAGCCACUACACGCACAAGGGUUAUCGAGUCAUUGCCUGUGCGACCAGAUAUGAGCGCAAACUUAGCUGGAUGAAAGUGCAGAAGUUGACACGCACGGAAGCCGAGAGUAAUUUGGAAUUUGCAGGCUUCAUCAUCUUCGAGAACAAGCUGAAGAGCACCACCACUGAUGUGAUCGCUGAAUUAAAUCAAGCAAACAUUCGAAACGUUAUGUGCACGGGUGAUAAUAUUCUGACCGCAAUCAGCGUUGCGCGAGAAUGCAAGAUGAUUGGGGCUGAUGAGCAGUGCUACAUUCCUCAUUUGAUCGAUGAACCGGGACUUGAAACGAAAACAUCGAUUAUCUGGGAAAGCGUGGAUGACCCCGAUCUCAGACUUGAUUCGCGAACACUUCUGCCUGCCCUGGACUCCGAAACGGACGUUUCAAUUCCUGCCAAUUCGCUGAAGGAUCAGAAGUAUUGCGUUGGUGUGACGGGAGAUGUCUUCCGGUGGAUGGUCGACUAUGGCAACGAGGACGUCCUGAACAGGAUGCUUGUUAUCGGCAAAGUCUUUGCGCGAAUGUCACCCGACGAAAAGCAUGAGCUGGUCGAGAAGCUUCAGUCAAUCGAUUACUGCUGCGGUUUCUGUGGAGACGGCGCGAAUGAUUGCGGUGCAUUGAAGGCUGCCGAUGUGGGAAUAUCCCUGUCUGACGCCGAAGCGUCCGUGGCUGCGCCUUUCACAAGCCGGCAAUUUGACAUUUCUUGUGUGCCUAAAAUGAUUCGCGAGGGACGUGCGGCUCUUGUGACCAGCUUCUGCUGCUUCAAGUUUAUGAGCUUGUAUUCCGCGAUUCAAUUCUCUACCGUCAGCUUCCUAUACACAUCAGGUUCCAAUCUUGGCGAUUUCCAGUUCCUCUUCAUUGAUCUUGCAUUGAUCAUGCCAAUUGCUAUCUUCAUGGGAUGGACCGGACCGUACCCUAUUCUCUCACGCAAACGGCCUACGGCCGAUCUUGUCUCUCGGAAAGUCUUGACGCCUUUGCUGGGACAAAUCAUCAUGGUAGUCCUUGGCCAGCUGGUCAUUUUUAAGACGGUUCAGAUGCAGCCAUGGUAUCUCCCUCCUCAGCUUGACGUCGACAAAAGCAACAUCCAGAACUCGGAGAACACGUCAUUAUUCUUGUUCUCUUGUUUCCAGUACAUUUUCACCAGCGUUGUGCUCAGUGUUGGUCCACCGUUCCGGCAACCCAUGACCAAGAAUAUUCCCUAUCUGUGUACCAUUAUCAUUGCCCUUGCAGUUGCGGCUUACAUGCUCUUCCGUCCAUCGGAGUGGGUGCGGGACGUGAUGGAGCUCACGUUCUUGUCCGACGGCUUCCGUGGCUGGAUCGUGGCGUCGGCAAUUACCUUGUUUGCGAUUGCAUGGACGUCCGAGGCUACUUUCUUCCCUCGGUUGGCUCGUAUUAUCGGUCACCUUCGAGCUCGUCUCCAGCCCAAUUACCAGAAAAAGCGCCGCCAGUACAAGGUUCUCCUUGAGCAAAUGCGGGCUUGA